AAUAAAAUGGAAGGCCUGCUUAACGUUGCCUCUUUUUCUACCAAACUUCAAAACACUCUCAUCCAGUACCAUAGCAUUGAAGAUGAUAAAUGGCGAGUUGCAAAGAAAAUGAAAGAUGUAACAGUUUGGAGAAUACCUUCAGAAGAAUUUAAUGGUUAUCUCUUCAAAGCCCAAGGUGUUAUAGAUGACAUUUUUAAUAGAGUAAUAGACCAUAUACGUCCAGGGCCCUGGCACUUGGAUUGGGACUGUUUAAUGACUUCAUUGGAUAUUUUGGAGCACUUUGAAGAGAAUUGCUGUGUUAUGCGUUAUACUACUGCUGGUCAGCUUUGGAAUAUAAUUUCCCCAAGAGAGUUUGUUGACUUCUCCUACACUGUGGGCUAUGAAGAAGGACUUUUAUCUUGUGGGAUAAGUCUUGACUGGAGUGAAAAGAGAACAGAAUUUGUUCGUGGAUAUAACCAUCCCUGUGGAUGGUUUUGUGUUCCACUUAAAGACAACCCAAAUCAGAGCCUUUUGACAGGCUAUAUCCAGACAGAUCUACGUGGAAUGAUUCCUCAGUCUGCAGUAGAUACGGCCAUGUCAAGCACUUUAACUAACUUCUAUGGUGAUUUACGAAAAGCCUUACAGAAAGCAUAAUAUGUUAAGAUUUGUAGUAUGGAGAUUUGCAGAAUCAGUUCUUCCCCUCAGCUACGUCACAUGUAAAAGUCAGUUCCUGUCUUCUGCAUAGUCUGUAGAAAUAUUUGAGCUGUUUUGGGUUUAGUACUACAAUGUUUUGUAAGUCAAUAUUUGCACAAGAGAAGGUUGUUUACCUUUUCUUACUUAUUUGCACAUUGGUAUGGAAGUAUGUCUGGUAAUGGAAAGUAUCACAGAAGUCCGUGAAGACUUAGAUAUAGGUCUUCAGGUCAGACUAUUCACAGAAGUGAAAUAGUGCCUCUGUAUUGUUUAGUAACUAGCAAAAGUCUUCCCUUCUUGUUAUUCUUGUUAUUUUAAAGCUUUAUGAAUAUCUUGUAAAAUUUUAUUUCUCAAGGUAAAUGUUUGGUAUUUCUUUUGGUAAUGAAUUUGCCAGGAACAAAAGGAAGAAUGCCUUCUUUGUAUUUUGUAAAGAUGAGAUUGUCAAUUGACUUGUAUUAUUUUAACUAUUAAAAAGACCAAAAAUGAGUGAAGCAUAUUUAUCAUAGUAACUG